UGUUCCAGCCAGGAUGCUCUGAACAUGACAGGCGCGCCAAGUAAACCCCAUCUCAACUUUGCAGUAACAGACAUCCAUUAUAGUGCUUUACAGCCCGCAAAUCCCAAAACCAAAAAAACACAUCAGAUUCGCAGAAUUACUAGCAAAUAGAAUGGCGCCUCCUUUCUUUCUUGUUUAUCAAUAAUCUCUUGUACUCUUUUGGUUGUUAUGAGUUUUUUUGAAGCACAUCAACCGAAAAGAAUAAAAGAGUAGAUUUUUAUUACGUUGCUCAAGGAAUUUUUGGGGUGGUUUGGUAGAGAGAGAGUAUUAACUGUAUUAAACCCUGAAAGAUAGUGUUGUCGGCGCAGGGUGACUUUCUGUCGGCAUUGUCUGUAUCCAACGAUGAAUCUCACACUGAUUAUUAAUUUCUAGUACUUUUUUUUUUAAUAUUCAAAUUCAAAAGUACCACGAAGAUAGAUAGAUGCCUCAAGGUUCAAUGUAUAAUAAAUUGAAUCCCAGCAAUACUUCACUGCAUAGCUGAAGUAGUUCCCAUACCAGAUGUCAAGGACUCUUGCAGCAACAUUCGGAGGUUCUGCAGGAGCCGUGGCACUGCUGGGGAUAGUUGGCUUGCUUAUGUGGUUCUGCCUAUUUCACAAACGCGGUGUUUCGAGGACAUCUGAGACAGGGUCCUCGGAUCCAUCUCUUCAAGGAAGACAUCUUGGGGUUGAGUCGUCAUUACGGGAAGCUAGACGUUUUCAGUUGGAGGAAUUAUCUUUGGCGACCAAAAAUUUUAGUGAUAGAAACCUGAUUGGGGAAGGAAAAUUCGGUCAGGUUUAUAAGGGUUUGCUUCAAGAUGGGAUGCUGGUUGCCAUCAAAAAGCGAGCUGGAGCUCCUAGUCAGGAAUUUAUUGACGAGGUAAAUUACCACCUCCCUGCUCUCUACCUAAAGGCAUGCUAUGUUUCGUCUAUUCAGCAUCGGAAUCUUGUCACUCUUUUGGGCUACUGCCAGGAAAAUAAUCAGCAAUUUCUAAUAUACGAAUAUAUACCCAAUGGAAGCGUUUCCAUUCACUUGUACGGAACUGGUCAAAUGUCACCCCAGAAGCUAGAAUUCAAGCAUAGACUUUCAAUAGCUCAGGGUGCAGCUAAAGGCUUGGCUCAUCUUCACUCUCGAAGUCCUUGCUUGUUCCAUAAAGAUUUUAAAACAGCAAAUGUUCUUGUAGAUGAGAAUUUUAUAGCCAAGGUUGCAGAUGCAGGACUAUGUAACUUUCUGGGAAGAAUUGAUAUUGCUGGACCUUCUUCUGAAGUGGCAGCAGAUGAGAUAUUCCUUGCUCCUGAGGCAAGGGAGUUUAGACGUUUUUCUGAAAAAAGUGAUGCAUAUAGUUUUGGAGUAUUCCUUUUGGAGUUAGUAAGUGGGCGGGAAGCAUCAGAAUUACCAUCUUCAGGCUCCACAGAGAACCUUGUUAAGUGGGUGCAAAAUAGUCAGGAUUACAGCAAUAUUUCGAGCAUCAUUGAUCAGAGGUUGGACAGUAGCUUCACAGCGGAAGGUAUGGAAGAAUUGAUAAAGUUAAUAGUCCGUUGUUUGGAACCUUCAAGUGAGAGGAGACCUGCCAUGAGCUAUGUGGUCCUGGAACUUGAUCGGAUGGUUGAUAAAGAGAUGAGCUCGACAACUGUCAUGGGGGAAGAAACCCCAACUGUGACUCUGGGGAGCCAGCUUUUUAGAGCAACGAACUAAGAGGAACUUGUUAUCCGUCCAAACUGUGAGUGUGAUCCUGGUGAAGUAAAAAAAUUACGGGUUUGUUUUGUUUUUUAUUUCUUUUAAUUUUGAAAAAGUUAAGAGAGGAAUUCAGCUGUUUUCUAAGUGUAUAAAGAAGAGCUGCAUUAAGGUAUAUUUUUUCAUUUAUUGUUUCAUAUUUCAAAAAUGAAUGAGAAAUGUUGUAAAAACCAUUAUUUGUUGUUGAUAUCAAAGUGG